CUAAAGGUCUGCUAGAUUGAUAGGUGAGAAUGUACGACGGAGGAAACGGUGGUAUGAAUAAUGGGAAUAUGAACAACGACAAUUCGAACAAUGGAGGUAUGGGUGGGUAUGCUGGGAAUGGGAAUGGAGGAAGGGGUGGUUUGGAGUGUUACCAAUGUGGGAAAGUGGGUCAUAUCGCGCGUGAUUGCUGGUCACGAAAAGGGAGGUUUAGUCAGCAGGAGGAUGAAGUUGGGUAUUUUGUAAGAGAGAUGAUGAAGGAGAGGGAGAUGGAACAGAAAAAGAAAGAGAAAGAGGAGCAACAAAGGCUGAAGGAGGCGGAAGAGAAGAAGACAGAAUUAGAUAUUGCAAGGAGGACCGAAGAAAUGAAGCUUCAGCUUGAGGCCAAUAUCGCAGAGAGAUGGAGAAAGCAAGUACAGGAAGCUGAACAAAAGGUGAAGGAGGUUCAAAAAGAGGUUUCGAAGCAAGCAUCACCGAAGGUUUCCCCAAAGAGUAAGACGAUUUCUAAGGACAAGAAACGAAGUUCGGGACGGACUACGAGGAAGAAGAAGAGCACUUGGAGGAGCAUCGAUUCAACUACUACUGAGGAGACAAGUGGAGAUGAAGACAACAAGUUUGAGGAAGCGAGUGACGACACAGAUGAAGAAACAAGGAGGAUCGUACGGGUUAUACGGUCGAAGUUUGGGGAGAUAAAGGUCAAGAUUAAGGGGAAGAUUCUGGAACUUCGACGAGCGAAGAGAUUAUGUCAGGUUGGAGGAGAGAUCACUUUCACCAAGAUCGUCAAGAUGGCUACGACUACAGAGCGCAACAAGAGUCUGCUCCAAAGAAUGCUGAAGCAAUCUUGGGCGGUGGCCACGUUAGCUAGGUACACCUCCACGAAACUAAUCGGGUUGUACAGGACGACUGGACUGUUCGGGAAGAAGACUACCAGGAAUACGUUGAAGUUCAAGAUUGACCGAGUACUAAGACGGAAAACAGGUGUGAGCGUGAGGAGAAAAGUAACGGUGAAAUAUCCGUAUUGCUCCGAGAUAGUGAAGAAGGAGGUGAGACGAUUGACAGAGUCAGUUGUGGAAAGGAAGACGACGGAUGAAGCAGUAGCUACGUUUGUUAAAAGGAAGACUAGGAUCGUGAAUACGAGGAACAAGAAUGCAGGCGAGAUAGUGCACAACCAUAGAAGGUAUGCAAAUACACAGGACGUGGUAUGCAUGUGCGAAAGGUUUGGUCUAGCUAAGCAUGACGGACACGUACUGACAAGACAGACAGACUCGGAGGAUGUACCAAAGUUUGUGCGAAAUGCAAAAAGCAUUACGAGACCAAGCAUCAGUAGUGGGGCGGCCGUGUUGAAGGAUAGCAUACUAACGACAACUGCACAUCUGAAAGGAAUCGUUGGGCUACGGAGAUGUGCCAGAGCGCUGUACUGUCUUAUCACACGGUUUUCUAAGAAGGCGAAAUUCCAUCUCAAUGCCACACGCAGUAUGGUAGGUGAGCUUGAGAGCACGGGAGAGCCUUUGACAGGGUUGGGGUGCAACAUGGCCAUUGGGCGGUGCUACGAUAUUAAGGAAAUGUUUUCCUCAAUAUCACACUCGACAGUUAUGGAGGCGGUCUUCGAGCUGGUGCAACAUUUCGAAGAAGAAGGUGGGAGGCAGGUACGGGUAGCUGUCAGGGGGAAGACAUGUAUGCUCUUGCGUACGAACACUAGGACGCCUAGAUAUGUCUCGGUUAAGUUCCAGACAAUCAUGAGCCUCGUCAAAUACGAUCUAGAUCACGGAUACAUGGUGUGCGGAGAUCUGGUUAAGAGGCAGACCAUGGGAAUUCCUAUGGGAAGGACCACAAGCCCGGUUCUGGCGACCACUUCUUGUGCGAUGGCCAAAAUACGUUUUCUCCUGUCACUGGGUUCGGACAGAACACUGAUGCAUGGCUGGAGGAUGGUGGAUGAUAUUUCCAUCAUGGUGGGAUCCAAGAAUGACGAACGGUCAUGGGAAAGAGCUGGGCAAAUACUUGAGCUCUUCGAAGAGACCUAUGAUUGCAAACUGAAGCUUGAACGCAAAGAUGAAGGUGCCAACACUUGGUCGUUUGUCGGAGGUAGGAUGUACGUGUUGGAUAACCCGGUGCAGCUGUAUUACACACAAGAAACCAAGAACACGACGACGUUGCGUACCUCAGGAAAGCUGAAGUACCAGACCGUGCAAGACUAUGACAGCUAUUCGGACAAGAAGGCUAAGAAGGCGGUAGUUUUCGCCACAUUGAAAAGGCUAUGGCACACGUCUACUUCGAAGGCGCUAAGCAUUAGCGUAGUGGCAUACGUGGUGGUGGAAAGCAUCCUCCGAGGAUAUACCCCAGAGGUAUCUCUCGGGAUCUUGGCUAAAUUAGCCAAGGUCAUCCUAAUGAAGAAGACUAAUUAUGAGUGUAUACAAGACUACAUGUUGUUGCCUUAUAGUAACAGUCCCGUCAUGGUGUACAAAAAGUACUGCACCAAUGCGGAAUGGAUGCCGAAAGGCAGACCAGUUCACUGGUUCCCUGUUGUCAAUGGAGAGUAUGCAGACCCUACCUCCCCUCCACAACCAUGUGCUAUUCCCCGUGUCGUUAAAGAGGAUUUUCGGAUGGCUUGUGAUGGUGUCAAAAAAUUCCUGGACGUCCUCGAACAAUAUAGACACAUGUGGCAGACAUAUAGGAAGGAGGAGGUCGACGAGCGGGAGAAUGUUUUGUCUUACAUGAAAACCAUCUUCGUCGAGGCGGACGAUAUGAUGCAAGAGCAAAAGAAGAAGGAGACGGAAGAGGGUGAGGAAGAGGAUGUCCUCGGGGCGGACGAGCCCGAGAUCUACCCUCAUACCUUCUGACCACAAUCAGUCGAAACUGUGGAGGAAGUUCAAAAAAUCGACCCUCCUUCACCAGAGGCUUUGCUUAUACACGUAGGAUUGAGGGGGGGCCGUCCAAAAGUGAACUUCGACCCUAGGCGCCAUAUAAACAAAGGCGAUUUUGUGAU